UUAGUCAUGAAGGGGGCAAAUGCAAGGCUCAAAAUUAUUAUCUAACAAUGGAUGAUACAAUAAAAGUUCUUUCAAACAAGUUUGAUUUAUCAAAGGAAUUGCUUCAAAGUAUUGCAAAUGAUUCAGUACAUAUUUCAAAUUGGUUAAAUGUGUUAGCAAGAUAUGUCCUUGAAAAUGAAAAGAGUAAAGAAGACCAAAAAUCAAAGGAAUCUGUCUUAAGAAAAGAAAGAUUGAAUGCAGAAUACCAAAUUAGUCUGCUCGAUAAACAACUUAUUUCAUGUAAUUCUAAGUUAUCAAAAUAUGAACAAAAUUUAUUGGAAACCAAAAUUAAACUUGAAAAGACUGAAGAAGCUUUAUCAGAGUGUGAUAAUAAAUUUACUGAUGCAGUAAAAGAGAAGAGUAAUUUAGUUUCAGAAAUUGAACAGUUUCGUCAACUGUGUAGUCGACUUGAACAUGAAAAAGCUGAUUUUGCUGAAAUUUUAGAGAAAAAAAAUUCAGAAAUCGAUAGAAUAAAUGAAGAAUGGUCAGAUAUGUCAAAAAAACUAGCCGAAUCUAAUAAAAUUCGUUAUCGUCUUCAAUAUGAUCUCGAUGAAAUAAAAAACUCAGAUAUACGCAAAGAGUUUAAAGAAAAGCGUCUUGAACAAGAAAAAUCAAUGCUUCUCCAGCAGAUAGAUCAUAUCACUAAUGAAUUAAAAUUAAAGUCAGAACUUUUGAUUCAAACACAAAGAGAUCAGUCUUCAAAAUUUUUAGAUGUUGAAUUAAAAUAUGAAUCAAUUAGUCAAGAAAAUGUUCAAUUAAAGAGCAAUCUAGAAAUUUGCAAAGAAACUUGUACUGAACAGGAAAAAAAAUUAAAGUUACUGAUGUCAAAAAUUGAGAGAAUGUCAGAUGAGAAUAUUGAAACUCAACACAAUAUGCAGCAGGAACUUUCUUCUCAAACAAAACUUGUUGAAUUAUACAAGGAUGAUAGAGACCAUGCAAAACAAAAGCUAAGUGAAAUUUCAGCUGCAUUUUCUGAACUGCAAUCAUAUGUUUUAAAAGUUAAUGAAGAGAAAUCAAUAUUGGCUGAAAAGUUGAAAGAAUCUGAAAAUGAUAAAGCAUCAUCUCUAGAAAGUUUAACUAAUAAAAUUAAAGAACAGGCUACAGAGCUGGAAAAUGCUAAUAGGUUGCUACAGGUUUCAAAAAAAAAAGAUAAUAAUUUAACAAGUCAAGAUUUGUCAUCUAUUUCACCGAUGGCUGCAGCCACAAGUUCAAUACUUAAAAAAGGAAUGACACUAACUCAGAUUUACACAGAGUACGUUAAAAUAUCAGAUCAACUUGCCAGCGAAAAAGAAGAAAAUUCACGACUCAAGAUGUAUAUGGAACAAAUAUUGAGAGAAGUUGAAGAAAAGGCACCUGUACUUUUGCAGCAAAAAGAAGAGUAUGAUCAUGCUAUUAAGACAAUUGAAACUUUAUCUUAUAAGCUUGAGCAAAAUAUUAAGGAAUGUAGGCAUCAUCAAAAUCAGCUUAGUGAUUAUGAAAGAAAAUUUGAAUAUUACAAACGAGAAGAAAAAAGAUUACACAAUCUAUCAGUUGAUUUAAGCAAGCAGGUUUGUGUAUUACUAAAAGAAAUUGAAGAAGCUCGUGGUGGUGUUGUAAGUUCUUCUAACAGUUUACCUGAGCUUUUGACUAAUGAUUCUAUGGUAUCAAGUUCUUGUCAAGUCAUAAGUGAUCAUCUUGUUACUUUUAAGAGCAUAGAGGAAUUGCAAUCACAAAAUAAAAGAUUAUUAGUUACAGUUCGUGAACUAAGUGAAGAGCAAGAGAAAUUGGAGAUAGAAGGUGGUUCAGAAAUCAUUCAAGAAUUAAAAAGAAAAUUUGCUAAUGCACGGGAUGAUCUUAAUACUCUGAAAGAAAAUGAAAAAACUCAACAAGAAAUGAUGCAACAAAUUAUACGUCAAAGAGAUAUGUAUAAACUUCUUUGCAAAGCUGGAAAUACUAUGGUGGGUGAGGUUUCGUCAACAUCAACUUCACUUGCUGCUGUUGACUUAGAGGCUGAAUUAAAUAAAGUUAAGGCUGACUUAGAAGAAAACAUAAAUGAAUAUCGUAAGUAUAAAGAGGAAGCAUCUAACAAGGAGUUAUCCAUUAAGUCAAUCAUAGAAAAACAAUUAGAAGAACUGUCAUUAUUGCGCACAGAAAACAAUCAGGUUAAAGCACAGUUGGAUUUCUCAAAUGAAAAAUACUCUAUUUUGAUGACCACUGCAGAAGGCUACAAAAAGGAAAUAAAAGCUUUGGAGGAAAAAUGUCAAAGUAUUACAAAUAGUCUUAGCAAGUAUAGAAUAGAGGCUGAAUCUGCCAAACAAAAUUAUCAUGAAAUGCGUGAAAAGCUGAUUACCUGUGAGGUGUCAUUAAAAUCACUUUCAACUGAAAAAUAUCUUAUCCAAGAAGCCGAAAAAAGAUUGAUGCAAGAAAAUCAAUCAUUACUUGAUCAGCAUAGAAGUCAAUCCGUUUUACUUGCCAAUUUACAAACCAUUCAGAAUAACCUUGAAAAACAAGAAUUUGACACUCGAAUUAGUUUAAGUAAACAGUGUGAAGCAUUGCAACGAGAAAUGAAAGUUAUUAGACGUAACUUUAGUAAUGAAGAACAUAAUUUGAAAUCAAAUGUUUUAUUGCUUGAGAAUGAAUGUAAAGAUCUGAAAGUAAAACUUGGUGUUGAAACAGAAUUACAGAAAAAAUUUUUAAAGGAGUUAGAAGAAGCUAAACAACUAUUAAGUCAAUCUGAAGCAAAAUGUAAAGAAUUAGAAGCACUUACGCAAGCAUCAGAUAAUCGACUGGCAGUUGUUUUACAAGGAGAAAACAUUAGCAAAGAAAAUGAAGAAACUCAUCAUGAAAUGGAACUUUUGAAAAUAAAAUUAAGAGAAAUGGAACUUACUUUAUCAAACAACAUCAAUGAAAAAAAAACUUUGGAGGAACAGCUUGUUGCUACUAAAAAACACUUGGAACAAUACAAAGAAAUUGGUGAUUCCAAUGAGCAUGCAAUUACCACCCUUGCAAAUUUAAAAGAUUCAAUUGAAGCAGAUUUACAGUCAAAAAUUAAAAUUGCUAAUGAGGCUAUUGAGAACUUAAAGAAACAGGUGGAAGCCCUUACUGCUGAAAAGAUACAGUUGAAUAAAAAAAUUUCAGAAGCUGAUAAAAUGCAUCAAUUUCAAGUUUCUGAGCUUCGUACCCAAAUGGCUCCUUUAGAACGACGAUUUCAAGAAGUUACCCGUGCUCUUGUUAAUGCAAAAGAGCUUGAAGAAUCUGCUGUAAAGGAGGCUCAAACUCAAGCAGCAUUAGCCAAGGAGGCACAAGAUAAGUAUGAACGUGAACUGAUUUUGCAUGCCAAAGAUGUUGAGCAGUUUACUCUUUUAAAAGAGGAGGUUCAAUUUCAUAAAAAUCACCAUGAAGAUUUAAAACUUCAAAUAACUGAAAUUAAUAAAAAUCUUGAAAACAACAAUAAUUUGAUGGAGCAAAUGAAGCAUCAUCACCAAAUAGAGUUAAGAAAAGGAGAAAUUGCUAGAAAAGAUCUUAUAGAUGAAAAUUCUAUUCUUCAUUCACAAGUUGAAAAGCUCAGUGCACAGUUGGCAGCUGCUAAAUCACACAACCCAACUAUUGAAGAACCAUUGACAUCCUCAGAUAAAUCUUUAGAAGAAGUUUAUGAGUUGCUUAGAUUCGUUAGGCGUGAAAAAGAGAUUGCUGAAACAAAAGCAGAAGCUUGUAAAACUGAAAGCAUGAGGUUCCGGCAACGAGCAGAGCAUUUGCAAAGAGACAUUGAUGAAACAAAAGCUGCUUUAGAACUUGAGAUGAAACGAACACAAGGUCAUAUGUUAAGUGAAGAAGAAUAUAAAGAUGUCAUGGAAAAAGUUAAUAAAGUUUCAGAAUUUGAAGUUUUAAAUAAUGUGUUAGAAAAAGAAAAACUGAACUUAAUUAGUAAAAAUGAACAGCUGCGAGAUCAGGUAAAAAAAAUGGAAGUUGAAAUGAAACCACUUUUAGAAAGUAAAAAGACCCUUGAUGGAGAAAAAAAUGUAUGGCUAGCUGAAAAAACAGCAUUAAAAUCAGAGAUAGAACGAUGGACAAAUCGAACCAAUCAACUUAUGAUACAAAGUACUAAAUCAGAGAAUGAAGAGUUAAAAAAACUUCAAUCACUUAAAGUACAGAAUGAGAAAGUUAUAGCAUCUUUGCAAGAAGAUCUCAAGAGAAGUAAGCAGCAGUUUGAAACAUUUAAAAGAGAGACAUUGAAAUUCAAAAAUGAAAAUCAGGAAAAAAUAUCUGGAUUAGAAUCAGAUUUAAUAGCAACUCGUAAUAAACUUAAUGCUGCAUCAACAACAGCAAAUGCAUCUACAAAAGCAGUUGAAACUGAGCAAUUAUCUAACCUGCAAAAAGAACUAGAUCAGUGGAAAUCUAAAAAUCUUGAAAUGGCUGAUAAAAGCAAAAUGGUGCGUAAAGUGGCUCGUAAAUAUAAAACUAUAUGUGACCAGCUGCAAAAGGUACUUAAGGAAAAUAAUAUUGACUUUUCAAGUAUAAUAAAUGUUUCUUCAAAUAAUGUUCAGUCCAAUGAUCUUGAUGCACCAUCUAACCAAACUAUUGAUCAAGAAGAGAAGAAAAAAUUUGAAAUACAAAUUGCUGAAAAAACCAAAGCUGCUGAAGAACUAUCUAAAGAACUAAUGUCUCUUCAGUCCCAGCUAGUAUCUGAAUGUAAAAGAAGCAAUGAUCUAGAGAAAAAAAAUAUUGAAACUCAUAGUUGUUAUCUUGAAGCAGAAAAAAAAUUGCUGGAGAAAAAUAAAGAGCUGGAACUCCUAAAAUUAGAAUUUGCUGAUGGAAAAAAAAAACUCACAGAAGUUCAAGAAAAAAAUAAAAAGUUGUUAAAGACAUGCAAAGAAAAGUUGUCAUCUUUAACUAAAUUAAAAGACAGCAGCAGUAGAGAAAUAGAAUGUUUGAAAGACCAGUUGGAGAAGUCGCGCGUUGAGCUAAGAGAUUCAAAUGAGUCUAAUUCUGUUCAUGCACUUGAAGAAAGGUUAUUAGAGAGCACAAAUCAAAUCAAAGAAUUAAUUUUAGACAAAAAACAUUUAAUUCAAAAGUUAGACGAACUUCAAAAUCAAAUUGACAAAAUGGGAGCUGACUUAAUAACUGUUGACAACUGCAGUAAAAAUGAGAAAAAAACAAAAAUAAUUGUUGAACCAAAACAAUCAUCUGAUCAGCAACUUUUAGAUACAUAUGGUUGUGCACCAUUGACAGCAACAGUUCGUCCGACUGCUACAUCUUCACAGGCAACAUCAAAAUUUCAUGUACAAAACACACGUACUGCUAGCAUUCGUCCUUUAGCUCAUGGUCACCCCACUGCAAUGAUUAGUCCCACUGUUCCAACAGCUUUAUCAUCUUUACAAACACCUGUUGCCUCAGUGUCUGCUCUUCCAGUUUCUUCUAUUUUUCUGCCUCAUGUUAGUGAAAUGCAAGUAAGACCUUCUUACUCUAGACAUUCAAAUGAAAGGCAAAUUUUUACAGCUCCAGUUGCAAGAGUAUCAGUUCAAGUCAGAGCAGAUGACAUUAAUGAUGACAUUUCCACAGAUGAAGCUGUUCCUAUAUCUUUAUCUCUUACACGAGAAUUAAAUCCUUAUGGGAACAAACGAAGUCAUCAGAAUGAAGUUGAAGAAAAAACUGAAGUUCUUGACGAGGAGGAAAGUAUCGAACCUGGAUCAAAACGACAAAGAGUAGAGUCAAUUCUGCAAGAGCAUCAAUUAGAGACAGCUAUUAUAGUGCAACAUGAUCUAGAAGAGGAUGACUUGCUCUCAGAAGAAAAUGCAGAGGAAGUACCUAUUGAGGGAAAUAGUCCUACAGAUAAUCAAUUGUACAAUAACAAUCAGAACACUCAACUUCAGAUAGAACCUCAGUUACAGUCAUCUUUACAAGAAAUUCUGCGUCAAAGACAAUAUGUCCGUGAAAGCUCUCAAAUGCCUUCGUUUUCAUUUAUUUCAGGACCUGGAAAUAGUUUUUAUGAAGAAACAGAUGAUUCUAUGGUUCCCAGUACACCAACUUUAUUUUUGCCUAAACGAAUUGAAUAUGCUGAAGCUAUUGGCUCUAUUGUUCGUUAUCCUUCGCAAGGUUCUUCAGUUCCUCACCCUGAUUUUAAUGAGGUGAGAAGUUCUGAUGAUUCUGCUAAUGUUCCACAUACACCACUUAGUGUGGUUCCUAAUGUUUCUUUACAUCAAUCAAUUGCUUCAAGUUUCCAAUUAACUGGACAAGAAAACAGUGUUAACAAGUUCUUUGGUGAAGAUAGUAAUCUACAACAUGUGCCCCAGCAUGUAACAUUAACUGAAGAGGAGGAUAUUAAUGAAACAGAAACUAAAGAUGAUGCAGAAUUAGUGCCUUCUGUUCAAAUAGAUACUUAUGAAAGCAAAACCUAUACAGAAAAUAUAAAAGACAUACCUGAAAAUGAGUUUCAAAGUUCUUCUGAAAAGUUUAACUUCUCAGUCGAUGAAAAAGAAACAGAGGUUCUUAAUCUUACAAAAGAAGAUAAGAUAGGUGACUUUGAUCAGGAUGAAAAUAGUGAAGAUUAUUAUGAUGCUGGUGAUGAUGAUGGAGAAAUUAAUGUUUACGAUGAAGAUGUUAGUAAUUAUAAAAAUGAAGAUAAAAGACAAGUAAAAGAAACUUAUGAAGAUAUAAAUAAUGAUGAAGUUCCUAAAAGUGAAUGCGGAAGUAAUGUUCUAGAAGAAAUUACAAAACCAAAUGAAGAAAGUGAAAGCGCUUUGGUUGAUGCUAUUAGAACGGAAUCCGAUGAUGAUAUUUCUCGUGAUGCAACUGAACCUGUGGUAGCUGAGCUAGAAACCACUGGAAAAGAUGAACAACUUAAAAAAACUGAAGAUGAAAAAACUAAACCUGUUCGUUUGCAAAGAGGUGUCCGACCUCGUCUUCGACGCGAUUUGCCUUCUCGACUAGCAAAAGCUUCUGAUUUAGUUGAUAAAACCAGUUAGAUCUUUACCAACUGUUUUGCGUAGAAUGUUCACAUUUAACAUUUAUGCAAAUCUUUAAAUAAAGUAAUCGGCUUCUUGUUAAAGUUACACAACUGUUGUCAGAAAUGUAAAUUUUACCGAAAUACGAGAUUUUGUAAAAUAGUAAUGAAAUAUGAUUCUAAAAUAUUUCAAUAAAGUAUGCUUUAUGAUAUAAUGAUAUA